AUGAAAUCCUCGCUCGCCAACAAAUACUGCUACGUACUAGCUUGUUUCAGCCAAUUGGUGGCGGCUGCAAAAUGCUCUGGCAUCAACAAAAUUGACGUCCACUCUCAUUUUCUUCCCGACUUCUACGCCCAGGCAUUGAGAGAUGCAGGCCAAACGCCUGGCCCAGAUGGAAUGCCUGGUAUUCCAGCCACCCAGACAUGGACUCCCGAGCUCUCGCUUCAGUUCAUGGCCAAUAACAGCAUCGACAAGUCAUAUUUGUCCAUCUCGAGCCCAGGGGUCUACCUUGCAGUACCAUCCAUCAAUGCCACCAAUAACGCCAUCAGCCUUGCGCGUCGCGUGAACGAGUAUGCUGCCAAUCUUACAGCUACUUACCCUGACAAAUUUGGCUACUUUGCUGCGCUGCCCCUUCCCGAUGUUCAGGCAUCACUCAAGGAGAUCGACUAUGUCUUCUCCAAGCUGAGCCCGAAGCCUGACGGCGUCGCCCUGCUAUCUAAUUUUUUUGGGAUGUACUUUGGCGACCCGGCGCUCGAUCCUGUUUACAAGGCCCUCAAUGCCCUCAAUGUGACAAUCUUUGAACACCCCACGACGCCGUGCACCCAGUACGCCGCCUCUCUGUAUAACAUCAACGACACUGCCGAUCCCGUGUCGGAGAAAGACUGGGCUGCUCUCAAUCGGCCCGUGGCUACUCGUCAGUUUGCUGCCCCUACGCUCGAUUUUCCUUUUGAAACGGCUCGCACAUUUGCCGACCUGUUUUACUCGACCAUUCCUACCCGCUUCCCUAAUCUAAAAUGGAUCAUGCCUCAUGCUGGCGGUGGCAUCAUCCCAACCAUUGAUAGAAUCGUCACCUACAGCAGCCUUUACUCUGGCCUCAAUCUGACCGACUCGUCCAUGAAGGCGACGCUGGCUAGAAGCUUCUACUUUGACUUGGCUGGUCCUUGGCCUGUCAAUUUCGCCAUUGCACCCCUUCUGCGAUGGGUCGACUACACCAAUAUUCUCUGGGGCUCGGACACCCCUUUCACUCCAUUUGCUGCUGGCUCAGCUCUGUCCACCGCCUUUAAUAGCGACGUCCAGACGGCAUUUGACGGCAACAUGACUAAAAUUCACGCUGUGCAGGAAGGCAAUGCCCGAACAUUAUUUGGCCCCUGA